AUGUCGUCAGAUGAUGUCAACGAACUUUACGCAUCGUUUUCCGUAUACACGAGUGGAAAGAAACUGUUUGACGUCAGAGCUGUGAAGUCAGUAAAUUCCAUUGAUUGUCUUCAUGGCUUACGAGCGUUGUCAGUUCUUUAUAUUAUUUGGGGACAUCGAGUCGGAAUCGCAUUGUCCACUGGUCUUGUGAAUCUAACAGCAUUCAGAGAAUGGUAUUUAAAAUUAACAUCGUCAGUAUUCAACACACAUCAAGUUGCAGUUGACACUUUCCUAUUCAUGGGAGCUUUGCUACUUGUAUGGUCAAUGAUACCGAACUUAGAUCGAUUUGGACCACUAACUGAUCAACACAAUUAUCAAAGUCAGGAGAAUUGCCAAAAGUGGUGGUGGGGGGUUUUCCUUCAUAUUCAGAACUACAUGAAUCCUGAAGAGUUUUGUCUAGAUCAAAGCUGGUAUCUUGCAGUCGAUUUUCAACUGUUUCUUGUAUCACCAUUGUUGAUUUACCCAGCUUGGAAAUAUGGAUGGAAGUAUGUUUGGGUUCUGCCAGGAUUAACUAUCGCCAGUGCUGUUUAUAUUUUCAUCAUUUCGUAUCAAUUGGAAAUUCGUUGCAUUGUACGAUCACCACAAGGACUGUUAGACUUAUUUCGUUAUGUUUAUUAUCCAACGCAUGCCAGAAUGGGUCCUUGGUUCAUGGGAAUGUUUCUUGGAUUUGUUCUUCAUAAAACAAGAGGGACAAAGAUUCGAAUCAAUCCAAUUGUAAAAUUCAUAAUGUGGAUACUUUGUCUUAGUACAUUUGCUGCAAUUACGCUAGGCGCAAUGCAUUUGUUUAAGCAAGGAUCUUAUAAUGUAACAACACAACUUCAAAAUUCAUUUUAUCUUUCACUCUAUCGAAAUGGUUGGUCAGUUGCUUUGUGUUGGUUGGUGUUUGCAUGUCAUAAUGGCACAGGCGGAAUCAUCAGAUGGUUUUUAACAUUACCUCAAUGGCAACCAAUCGGUCGUAUGUGUCUUAGCAUGUAUCUGGUCGGUUGGAUGUAUCAAAUUAUUGCAAUUGGAAACUACAAACUUCCGAUUUAUUUCGAAGAAAUUGAAUGGAUUCACAUGUAUUGGGGUGACAUCUUUGGUACAAUUAUUCUAGCAACUGUUCUAUAUCUUGCAUGUGAGACUCCGUUCAUGAGGAUUGAAAGUUAUUUGUAUAAAAAAUAUAAUAAGCAAAAAACUGAAGCAUAA